AGAAGGUCUGAAUUUCUGUGAGGCGACUGCAGUGGUUGAAGAGAGCUACCGCAGGGUUCCUAUCCUAACGUCCCUGAGAGAAGCGGCAUCUACGAAGCGGUGUCCAUAAUGUUCUCUUUCAACAUGUUUGACCACCCAAUUCCCCGGGUCUUCCAGAACCGCUUCUCCACACAAUACCGCUGCUUCUCUGUGUCCAUGCUCGCAGGGCCUAAUGACAGGUCAGAUGUGGAGAAAGGAGGGAAGAUAAUUAUGCCACCAUCAGCCCUGGAUCAGCUCAGCCGACUUAACAUUACCUACCCCAUGCUGUUCAAACUGACCAAUAAGAAUUCUGACCGCAUGACACACUGUGGUGUGCUGGAAUUUGUGGCUGAUGAAGGUAUCUGCUACCUUCCACACUGGAUGAUGCAGAAUUUGCUGUUGGAAGAAGGGGGCCUGGUUCAGGUGGAGAGUGUCAACCUUCAAGUGGCCACAUACUCCAAAUUCCAGCCUCAGAGCCCAGACUUCCUGGACAUCACCAACCCCAAAGCAGUAUUAGAAAAUGCACUAAGAAACUUUGCCUGUCUGACCACUGGGGAUGUGAUCGCCAUCAACUACAAUGAAAAGAUCUAUGAAUUACGGGUGAUGGAAACCAAACCUGACAAGGCUGUGUCCAUCAUCGAGUGUGACAUGAAUGUGGACUUUGAUGCUCCUCUGGGCUACAAAGAACCUGAAAGACAAGUCCAACACGAGGAGUCAACAGAAAGUGACGCUGACCACAGUGGCUAUGCUGGUGAGCUGGGCUUCCGUGCCUUCUCAGGUUCUGGGAAUAGACUAGAUGGAAAGAAGAAAGGAGUUGAGCCUAGUCCUUCCCCAAUCAAGCCUGGAGACAUUAAAAGAGGAAUUCCUAAUUACGAAUUUAAACUUGGUAAGAUCACUUUCAUCAGAAAUUCACGUCCACUCAUCAAAAAAGUUGAAGAGGAUGAAGCUGGAGGUAGAUUCGUUGCAUUCUCUGGAGAAGGACAAUCAUUACGUAAAAAGGGAAGAAAGCCUUAAGUCCAAACUGUGGCUGAUUGGAAAAUAAAGGAAUCAAUUGCAACAUACUGGCUUUUAGUUACUGCCUCUGACAUGGAUAAGACCAUCAUCAAGAGAAUGCUGUUACUUAAGGGUUUAUUUAGUGUUACCUAAGAGUUACAAAGUUUGACCUGGACGUGGAGAAGCCGAAGAACAUGGUUGUAUGCUUGAUUUGGGGGAAAGAGAAAGCUAUCUCUACUGUCCUGUAGGUGGCCUUCUUUUUCUAUUCUGUUCAUUCAGCUCAAGGACUUUCCUCCUGCCCCAGCAAAAGAGUUCCUUAAUUUCUAACAAACCAGUGAAGAUGAUUGAGUUUCAUUCAAGGUGUUCUUUCUCUUUCUUCAUUUUCUCUUUUCCUAGGUCAUUUGCAAAGGCAUUGUCUUUGGCCUAGAAAAAAUGAGUUUAAAUAGGUAUGUGUUUUAUAAAUAGUGCCUGUCCCACUACUCUGGCUGCUAUUUAAGAAUUUGAGAAAGGGUGUUUCUAUUUUAUUUUACAUACUAAUUGUUUUCAGAAAUACUUUCCCUCAAAAGGAAACCCUAUCCACUUGAAAUCAGACUUUUAUUUUGAUUUCAUAUGGAAAUAACUGACUCCUUAGUGAAUUUAUUCUAGAAUAAAACAAUUCCAUGAUGAAGCCAAAUGUAAAUUUUAGACUGAAUAAAUGCUAAAGAUAUGUCUGCUUCCUUACCCCCACUUUGGAAUUUUGAAUUUUACUUUUAUUAAAUUUUCCCAUGUUCUGCUG